UUAGAAUCGCAGAAUGAUAGAGGUGGAAGAUGAGAGUCCAAGAAGUGAGGAGCUUCAGGAAGACAUCAAGUGGGUUUACCGCGAGAGAUUCCGGAAGCUUGUAAACCGCGUGGUGAUGUUCAAUAUAUGGCAAAGAGGAACUGCACAGGACCUUUCAGCAGCACGAAAUUUGGAUGUGAAAAUAAGGCUCAGUGGACCGAGAUCUUUCAUCAUCCAAAAGGAUUGUGAUAUUUUACAAAUCCCUCCACAGAAGAGAACAACAGAACAAAAUGGACUUAUUUUCAGAAUUCUCAACAGAACCAUCUGCCUCAGGAGAUUUCCGAAAGAUAUCCGAGAAGGUCUGUCUCAUGUGAUUUACUACAACUGCUACGGAAAAGGAAGGACAGUGGUUAAGGAAGGACAUGAUGCUACUGGGUUGUAUAUCCUCAUCAAUGGAGAGAUAACAGUGUUCAAGAGACUAUGGGACAAUGAAAAUCUCACUUUUAGAAAUCAAGCUGUGCAGGCUCUCACUUCAGGGGAGCUUUUUGGAGAAGUUGGUCUACUUUUCGACAUGCAACGUCUGGUCACGUGCGAAACGGCAACUACUUGUGAACUGUUUUUUGUGACAAAACAAGACUUCGAGGUGCAUCUCCGGACGAUUUUACAGGAGCAAUGGAAUCAGAAGAAGGAGAUUCUGGACCGCCCCAUCUUUCAUGAAUACUUUCAGCACUUCUCAGAUAAGCAGAUCCGUGAAGCUUGUGUCCUCUCAAAGUUACACAAAUACAACCGGGAUGAGAUUGUCUUCAAUGAAGAUAGUGGUCUCAAAAGCUUUGUGUAUUUUGUGCUUUCUGGUCAGUGCUCCAUCAUUCAAUGUCUGAAAGUUGAUCAAUCAAAAAAGAGGCCAAGAUUAAUCCCCCUAGAAGCUGGCGAGAGAAGAAGGUCCGAAAAUAUCCUGGACAAACUCAAGGAACUUCAACUGAAGAAACAGUCCACAAUUGAUGAUGAUAAUCGAUCUGAAGAAAUGAAAGAUUCUGUGUCAGAUACGUUGAAUCCACCAAAUUCUCACAGCUAUUUUGUAGUAGUUGGAACUUACAAGACAGGAGCAAUUUUCGGUCUUGGUGAGGAGAUGAACCACCGAACUGUUGUGGCUAGGAGACUCACAGAAUGCCUACUACUGCCAAGGUACUGGUUAAUGCAGAAGGAACAGAACAUUGGGAAUGUGUGGAGUAGAACCAAAAUCUACUUGAAUCUCACUUUGCCAUCGAGAGAAGCGACAUUUGAAGAAUUUCUCAGGAAGAGACGCUGGAAGAGAUUCAAGAAAGAUCGGAUGAUUGAGUAUCUUGACCGAAAGAGUGAUCAUCAAAUCACUGCUCGUCUUCAAGAUGUUCCAAUUCUCUGUCGGAUGGAAAAUGGCUUGUGAGAAAUUAUCCCACCCAAUAUUCUUUAUCAUUUAUUCAUGAGUAUAUUUCUUUAUUUUUUUUUGUACAGAGAAAUAACAAUUUCUUAAUGGAUU